AUGACUGGAGCGUGUCGUGGCACCAUACAAGUGUCGACAGUGUCGUGGCACCAUACAAGUGUCGAGAGUGUCGUGGCACCAUACAAGUGUCGACAGUGUCGUGGCACCAUACAAGUGUCGAGAGUGUCGUGGCACCAUACAAGUGUCGAGAGUGUCGUGGCACCAUACAAGUGUCGACAGUGUCGUGGCACCAUACAAGUGUCGAGAGUGUCGUGGCACCAUACAAGUGUCGACAGUGUCGUGGCACCAUACAAGUGUCGACAGUGUCGUGGCACCAUACAAGUGUCGACAGUGUCGUGGCACCAUACAAGUGUCGACAGUGUCGUGGCACCAUACAAGUGUCGAGAGAAUGUCGUGGCACCAUACAAGUGUCGAGAGAGUAACGUGGCACCAUACAAGUGUCGAGAGUGUCGUGGCACCAUACAAGUGUCGAGAGAGUGUCGUGGCACCAUACAAGUGUCGAGAGUGUCGUGGCACCAUACAAGUGUCGAGAGAGUGUCGUGGCACCUUGCAAGUGUCGAGAGUGUCGUGGCACCUUUCAAGUGUCGAGAGUGUCGUGGCACCAUACAAGUGUCGAGAGAGUGUCGUGGCACCAUACAAGUGUCGAAAGAGUGUCGUGGCACCAUACAAGUGUCGAGAGAGUGUCGUGGCACCAUACAAGUGUCGAGAGAGUGUCGUGGCACCAUACAAGUGUCGAGAGUGUCGUGGCACCAUACAAGUGUCGAGAGAGUGUCGUGGCACCAUACAAGUGUCGAGAGUGUGUCGUGGCACCAUACAAGUGUCGAGAGUGUGUCGUGGCACCUUACAAGUGUCGAGAGUGUGUCGUGGCACCUUGCAAGUGUCGAGUGUGUCGUGGCACUUUACAAGUGUCGAGAGUGUCGUGGCACCAUACAAGUGUCGACAGGGUGUUGA